GUUAACCCAAGGGUUGGGUUAAGCUAACCAUAUGGGUUGGUUAAUUGGAGGCCCAGUGUCCCAAUUUCUGUAGGGAAUGGUCCCCUAAAAAAAAGCCCAAAAAGUCACCCAAAACCCUCUCUCUCUCCUCUGCUUCUUCUCUCUCCUCUGUAUAAAUAUAUUCUCCAAACCUUCCCACUAUCCUGUACAGUCACUCUCUCACUCCUCUGCACUUCCAUUUUCUCUCUCUUCCGCCAUCAUCAGCGGUUGCAGAGUGGAACCCAAUUACUGCACUUCAAUUUCCAACUCUACACCGCAGUUCGUUAUCUAACGGUUUUCUUUUUUGUCCCAAUUCUUCCCGAUUUGCCCUCUCCGAUAUCAUGAUCACCGGCAAGGAUUUGUACACUGUCUUGACCGCGGUGAUUCCUCUGUACGUCGCCAUGAUUUUGGCCUAUGGCUCCGUUCGUUGGUGGAAGAUCUUCUCGCCCGACCAGUGCUCCGGCAUCAACCGAUUCGUCGCCAUCUUUGCUGUGCCGUUGCUUUCUUUCCAUUUCAUUUCCACUAACGAUCCGUACGCUAUGAACUUCCGGUUUGUUGCGGCGGAUACUCUGCAGAAGAUCAUUAUGCUUGCUGCGCUCACAGUUUGGGCCAAUUUCACCAAGAAUGGGAGUCUCGAGUGGUUGAUCACCAUUUUCUCGCUCUCUACGCUGCCGAAUACACUCGUGAUGGGGAUUCCUCUGCUGCAGGCUAUGUAUGGCGGUAACUCUGGGAGUUUGAUGGUUCAGGUCGUUGUGUUGCAGUGCAUUAUUUGGUAUACGCUUCUGCUUUUUCUGUUCGAGUAUCGUGGAGCGAAGAUUUUGAUUAUGGAGCAAUUUCCUGAAACUGCUGCUUCCAUUGUGUCGUUCAAGGUUGAUUCGGAUGUUGUUUCGUUGGAUGGGAGGGAUUUUCUUGAGACGGACGCGGAGAUUGGGAAUGACGGCAAGCUUCAUGUGACGGUCAGGAAAUCGAACGCGUCUCGGCGGUCGUUAGGUCCGUGCUCGCUCCCGGCGUUGACGCCUCGGCCAUCGAAUCUCACCGGAGCGGAGAUUUACAGUCUCAGCUCUUCCAGGAACCCUACGCCGCGAGGUUCGAAUUUCAACCACGCGGAUUUCUACUCUCUGAUGGGAUAUCAAGGACGGCACUCGAAUUUCGGUCAGCCGGAGUUGUAUUCCGUUCAAUCCUCGAGAGGUCCGACGCCGCGGCCGUCGAAUUUUGAGGAGAAUUGCGCUGUUCCGACGGCUAAUUCUCCGAGGUUCGGGUUCUAUCCAGCUCAAACGGCGGCGACGACUUACCCGGCGCCGAAUCCAGAGUUCACGAAGAGCGGGAAAACACAGCAGCCGCAGGCGCCGCCGCCGCCGCAGAAUGGUGGUCCGACGAGCAAACCCAGCCAUGACGCGAAGGAGCUUCACAUGUUCGUGUGGAGCUCGAGCGCUUCACCAGUUUCAGAAAGCGAUGGCCUCCACGUAUUCGGCGGGUCCGAUUUCGGAGCUACUGAACAAACUGGGCGUUCCGAUCAAAACGCCAAGGAAAUCAGAAUGUUCAUCGCCGAUCACCCGCAGAAUGUGGAAAAGAAAGUUCUUGAAAGUGAGCGGUUCAGAGGGGAAGAGUUGAAUUUCGCAGGAAGAGCAGAGGUAGACGACGAGAAAGAAGAAAAGGGCCCUAUUGGUGGACUUCAUAAGCUGGGGUCCGCCGCCGCCGCCGCCGCCGCCGGAGCUCCGGAGAGUGGGGCGGCGAAACAAAUGCCUCCGACGAGCGUUAUGACCCGUCUGAUCUUAAUCAUGGUGUGGCGCAAGCUUAUUCGAAAUCCAAACACGUACUCAAGUCUCAUUGGCCUUGCUUGGUCUCUUAUUGCCUUCCGUUGGCAUGUGUCUAUGCCCAAAAUAAUUGAGAAAUCAAUCUCCAUUCUGUCUGAUGCUGGCCUUGGCAUGGCAAUGUUCAGCUUAGGUAUAUUCAUGGCUUUACAACCGAAACUAAUUGCUUGUGGCAACUCCAUUGCUUCCUUCGCCAUGGCGGUGAGGUUCCUCACCGGCCCGGCUGUGAUGGCGGCCGCUUCGGUUGCUGUUGGUCUGCAUGGCAACCUCCUCCGCGUCGCCAUUGUUCAGGCCGCAUUGCCCCAAGGAAUUGUUCCCUUUGUUUUUGCUAAAGAGUACAAUGUCCACCCUGCCAUUCUUAACACCGCAGUCAUAUUCGGGAUGUUGAUAGCACUGCCGAUCACCCUCGUCUACUACAUCCUUCUCGGGUUGUAAUAUUAGGAAAAACAGCAAAAAGUGAAGAGAAAAUUAUGAAUUGCUUCCUUCAAAUGCUGCAACUGGAUGAUACCCAGAAAGAAAAAAGGAGGGUUCCAAAAUCUCCGGGGGGAUUGAUUAGUGGGUGAGUGGGACCAAAGUUUCAAUACAAAAUCAGACUAGUAGAAGAAAAAAGGACGACAGCAAGCAAAAUAGAGUCUUAGUUAGGUGCUGCAGAAAUGGCAAUCAAUUGGGGAAACAUUGAAGAGGAAAUCAAGGAAAUUGGUCAAAAACUCUCUCUUUCUCUCUUCUGUGUGUGUGUGUGAGUUAUAUUAUUGGUGUUUUUGGUCAAUGAUUGUCCUUUGAAUUUGAUUGGUCCAACAAAUUAUAUGGGGGUUUGUCGUCUUGCUCUGAUUUGUAAAUUUACAGAGCACUCUUUUCCUUUGGCAAAGAUAAGAAAGAGAUUAAAAGUA